AUGUUCCUGCAAGAAGUGGGCGACGUCAGGGGGCUUUCGUUGGGAUGUCACCGAGAGGACUUCGCCGUAAUUGCGGGGAAGGAAUUUGUUGCAUACAUAGCCAAUCCUGAGAAGAGUCAUCGCUGCUCGGCCCUGCUUGUUGCAUGUGCUCUGGAAUUUAAGCUGCAUGAAGUGCAAGUGCAUGAGGUGGGGGUGAGUGUAAGAGGGAAGAUGUUGGAACGUGAAUUCUAUAUGGCUACCAUGCAUUUUCCCCAUGCGCACCGACCGGACGCAGUGGAAGUCUGGAGGGCGAACACGGUGUCGCUACAGGAGACACUGGAUCGCUGCCCAGCAGACGCGACGGUGUUGAUUGGACAGGACCUCAAUCAGAACCUUCACGCGGAGGUGGAUGACUUUGAGGGCAUGAUGCACAUGCGUCAGUUCCUGGCGAGGACGGGGCUUGAAGUGAGCCCUGAUCAGGGAGUGACGUGGGUUGCGAGGGGUUCAGAGUCGGCUAUUGAUUUCUUCUUGUUCCGUGCCCCCUGUACGGAGGUGUCGUUUUGGAAGAGGGAAGACUUUCGUCUUGCACUGCCGUCAGACCACAAUGCCGUGGGAAUGUCAAUAAGGCUAGCUACGGGGCGAACCCCACUGAGGCGACGACCGCGACAAACCCGUUGUGGGAAGUGGGUAGUGCGCGAUGAUGCUCUCUGGGAGCAUAUGCAAGCAGUGUCAGAGUGGGAUCAGGAGACGGUUGCGACGGCCUGCAUGCAACCGGGUGUGUGUUCCAGGCCUCCUUCGCUUCGCUACAAUGACCCGCCGGAAGUAAAGGACCUAAUUGAGAGACGCAAGAAGCUUCGCGACCCUGAUGCCAGGGCGGCGCUCAUGCAAGAGAUUCACUUCAGUAGGAAGGAAAGCAAGCAGCAACACAAAGAGGACCUUUUGCGCCGUGCUAAGGCAGGGGAUAGGCGGGCCAUAGCACACAUGCGUAGCAGUGCGGCGGCUGGGGGCCUUACUACCGCAGUCAAGGACCUUCAUGCGUUCUAUACGGCCAAGUAUGAUUCAGACGAGCCUCCUAUCGGGGAUGCGCAUUGGGAAAAGGCGAUAGACAGACAUGCGGGGGCUCACACGGCCCCUGUCACACGUGAAGAGCUUCAAAAGGCCUUAGCCAAGUGCAACCCCGGUGUGAGUGCGGGACUGGAUGGGGUGACCUUUGAAGGGCUUAAGGUGCUGCUUAGGCGAGACACUCGUGACCGACUGCCUAUGUAUUUCACCCGAUUGCUUCGGGGAGAGCUCCCUGUCCCUGAGGGGUGGCGUCAGGGAAAGAUAGUGUUACUCCCAAAAGUCCCGCGUCCAUCUUGUCCCAAGGACCUCCGCCCUGUUUGUCUAGUGCCAUCCCUGAGCCGUCUGUACGCCAAAGUACUGGAUGGCAUAGUGGCAGCGCAGAGUACGAUGUCCCUCGUGAAAAGAAUGACUGGCAGAACAGCUAAGGUGGCGAAGUUGGACAUAAAGGCGGCUUUUGAUAGCGUUUCGCACCAAGCGGUGUUCCAGUGGCUCAUGGCGUGUGAGCCGUGUGCUGAAGCCUUGAGCAUCAUGAGACUGUGCUUCGGGACGGAAGUACGGGUAGGCCUCGGGGGCAUGGACAAAACCCUGUCGAUGAAGCGAGGGAUUAUGCAAGGCUCAGCCUUCAGCGCCGACGUGUUUUCCAGAGUCAUGGACUGGUACCUAGCACCCCUUGUGCCGCUCUUCCAUGGAUUGUUUCCCGAAUGGGAGUCACAAAUACAGGGAAUCCCACACUUCCUCAUUUAUGCGGAUGACUUGAUCAUAUUUGCGGAUACGGAAAGGGUCCUCAAUGAUAUCUCGGGGAGUACGCCAGGACUUGGCUACGCAGAGUGUGGACAUACCAUGGACACCUCGCUAGAUGCAAAGUGCCUGCGGGCAUCCUGGGUGAGUGACCUUGCUAUACGUAAGAUGCAGAAGACGUACGUGCAGAUAGAGGUCUAUGCACAAGAUAGGAAAAAGUGGGGAGAGCUGCUUCCGUGCUGGAUUGAGCAUUGGUUACCAGCUCAUCGCGAGCCCCAGUCCACUGCAGCUUACCUCUUUGACCGACAGUUAGUGCUGUUACGGGGUGCCCGAGGCGUUGAACAGAUGUAUCUGCGACCGGCUAAGGACAUCCUGGAUGAACCGUAUGAGUGCUCGCUAUUGCAGAUUAGGGAGGCGAAGCAUGUCGGAGCACCACUGGUGUGGCUGCUUCCUGAUCCUGUCACCUUUACAUGCCAGGCCGUCUUGUUCCUAGGAGGUAGGGAUGCUGGUAAGCAGGUGGUCGUGCAGGUCCGCCCGGUGGGUGAGGACACAAUGGCUUCGGCGAUCUCGCUCCUAACGCUGGGAUGCAAACUGGUUUUGUUGCUCACACACCUAGGAAGACCUGGUGCCAGGUUGGUGGCACCCCUGCAGGUGCUUCGUCGGGAAUUCUUUCAGGAAGCUGUGCCAAUGCCUUUGCUAGCGGACCUGCCACACCUGCUCUCUGCCUUCAGUAAGGCAGCACCCUCGAUCUGCCUGCCUCCGAAACCCGUCCCAGAUGAUGUUAAGACGAAGUUAGGUCAGUUCAAGGCUGUAACCAUGCCCACAAAGUACCUUGUCCGCGCACAGGACUUUUUCUAA